UGGUAGUACUUACAAUAGCUAAUGGUCAAAGAUGCUGGCUACACCGACAAGCUCAAACAUUACUGUACACUCCCACCCAACUUUUCACACCCAUCACCCAUUUGACAUGGUGAUGGGGCUGUGUGGCGUCGUGUCGAGGGUGCGUUACCAAACGAGAAGGCAAUUAAAUAUCCUGCAGAGUAUGUGCUCUAGCUGAAAUUAUUGGCAAAAUUUGAAGACUUAUUUUGAUUUUUUUUGAAUAACUGAAAACGGAGGCUUAAUGGACCAAGGAGGGAUUAACAUUUUCUCUGGCGCCCCCGUUGGCCCGGUUGUACAAGUUUGCUUUCCCAGUGUGCGUGCAGCAGUUUUGGACAGCCUAAAUAGACAGCGGGAGGAGGGACGGCUCUGUGACCUUUCCAUCCAGGUACAGGGACAAGUGUUCAGGGCUCACCGCUGUGUGUUGGCUGCCUCCUCGCCCUACUUUCACGAUCAGGUUUUGCUGAAAAACGUGACUACUGUGUCUCUGCCCUCUGUCAUGGACCCAGUGGCUUUUGAAAGUGUACUGAGUUCCGCCUACACCGGCCAGCUGAGCAUAGUGCGUGACGACAUUGUCAACUAUGUCACCGUAGCCAGCUUCCUCCAAAUGUGGCAUAUUGUUGACAAGUGCACCGAGAUCCUGAAGAGACCUCGACCCCCUACAGACUGCAACCCUGGGGGUGUUGCAGCUGCCACACAACAUGGCGCCUCUUCGAGGCAGCAGUCCCCAAGCAGCACUGACUGCCUAUAUGUAGAGAGGGAGGGCAAAGGGAAGGAAAGGAGGUCAUACAGCCAGGAGCAGAAUGCGCUGCCUCCGCUAGCCACAUGGAGAAGGCCACAGCCCUUCCCCAGGUGGGGCCGGCCCAGACCGUCACCGCAGCCAGCCAUUUCCAUCUCUGCCCAGCAUCUAGCUGAUUCACAGAUGGAUUCCCACCCGGCUGGGGAGAGUGACUACUCCAGUUGUGAGGAGGUGUGGAUGUCUAGCCACAGCAAAGCCAGCCCCCUAGGUCAUCACGAUGUAAGAGGACAGGAUCAUAGCCCAAGCCGGCAUGGGGGGUUUCCCAGUGAGGCGUUGAGACUAAGAGCGAGACUUAGACAGAGAGCUGCUCCACAAAGUGCCGACAAGUUGCAUGGCAAGGACAGAGGAAGUGGAGGGGGCUUUGGGGAAGAUCCUCAAGAGAAGAGAGUGAAUGAAAGAGGUACUGAAGCAGAUGAAGGGAUGGGAGAAGAGGUGGAGGAAAAGAAGGAGGAGCCAGACCGGAGAGGACACUCUGGAGACUUCCACACUAGUGUUCUCCAAGUUGAGGAGGGAGAACAGACAGAGGGGAAAAAGAGUUCAGGGGAGUUGCAGAGGAAAGAGGAGAGACAACAGGAAAGCUCAGCCCUGACUUCUCCCCUUGCCGGGGAACAAGAGGAGGUGAUUCCUGGUCCUUCUUGCCUAGCUCCUUCUCCCUCGACCCGAAUGCAGUGGCAGGCCAGUCCCUGGUCUCAACAAGCGGCAAAACCACAAGCUGAAAUGGAAGACCACCGAAGAGAUGAUGACGAAGAGGAGGAGGAGGAGGAAGAAGUCGACUUUGGCCGAUUUGUGGAUGGCGCCUUUGGAAGGGACACCUAUGAUGAGAUUGAGGAUGGCACUGGUCAAGUUUCUCAGAGACCCUUAGUACCUGCCUCUCCUGAUGAGAGUGAUUUUAUCCUGGGGGCAUCAGAGUUGAACUGGCCGUCUGGAUCAAAGAUGAACCAGGGUGGUGGUACCCCGGCCCCCACCUCUAGCCGUCACUUGUCCCCAUCCCCUACUCCGUUCCCUCCUUCUUCCUCACCACCCAUCCCUUCGUCCUCCUCCCUCUCACUUGCCGGAGCCCCUUACACAGGAAAAGUGCACUUCUGCCACUGCGGGAAGGCCUACACCCUAAAGAGUAUGCGUGACCGCCAUGUUAAGAUGCAGCACCUCAACCUGCGACCCUUUGCCUGCCCCGUGUGCGCCAAGAGCUUCAAGAUGAAGCACCACCUCACCAAGCAUUUGAAGACCCAUGGUGGGCUGCGGCCCUACGAGUGUGGCCUGUGUGGUAAGAAGGUCAUCUGGAGGGACAGUUUCCUGCGCCAUCAGGCCCGCUGCGAGAGACUGGCUGGCAGUUACGAUGGAGUCGCAGCCAGCAACAACACGGCACCAGCUGCAGACAUGGAUGACGGUUAUGCCUAUGAGUUUGAGGAGGGGGAAGGUUUCCUUUCACAGGGGGGGCAGGUGAAAGUGGAACAGGCAGACUUUCAGGGUGAGGUGGAGUCUGGGAUAAGUGGGUUGUUAGAGGGAGUGUCUGGGGGUGGGGCUCCGUUAGGUCCACAGACAAGGACGCUGGUUAGUCAUAGCUUUAAGGAGGAAGCCAGUGACAGGUUUAGCUAAGCUAAAGGAGUGUGACUGGUUAAAUAUGGUGGGGCAGACACUUAGCAGACACACUCUCAGCCCUAAAAUUAUGUUUUUUGAUAUCACAUCCGAGUGUACUUGCCAAUGCACAUGCCCAAGCAAGGGAGAGUGACGCUCAGAGUUUGCAAACUCUCUAUGGAGUUCAGUGAUUAGCUGGGCACCUCACAAGGAGCCUGACCAAUGAGAUUUGAGUCUUAGACAAAAAUGUGUAUUUGUGUUUAUUAAAUUUGACACUGGCUGUGGGUGUGACUAUAGUUUGCAUUGAAUUAUGGGUGAUAUCAACCCUGUAAGUGAGCAAAGUUGUUCAUUUUCCCCCUCAAGUUAAAUCAAGAGGUGAGUGGGCAUCUUUUGUGAAUUGGACUGGCACUUAAGAUGCCAAUCAAAUUAAAUCCUGUUUCCUCUGAGGGAAAUGGCAAGGGCUUAGGGGUUAAAACAUGGUAAUUGUACUGCAGCCUUGAAUAGGGUACUAGAUAUGAUUAUGUUCAUAAAUGCCAAAAUGUAAACACUGAUUCAUGUUGAUGACCAUUUGCGAACACCCAAACUGCUAACUACUCUACGAGGUGCAUUUCUUUGUGAUGUUUAAAAAGAUGCAAUUUUCUCAGUGUGAAUUGUGUGGUUUUACAAGUUUGUGAUGUGAUCACCAGUAUAUUUUGUAUAUUUAAAUGAGCCAAAUUAUCUUAUGGUCUUAAGAUCUUUUUGUGAAUGUAAUAGACACAAUAAAAAUGUGGUUGAACAGGUA